UUUUCCAAUAUGGCCGACUACCGUGAGGCGCCCUUGGCGACCCGGCCAAAAACAUUGGACCCGGAGGAGUAUUUUAACCUUUCUCCGGAGCAGAGACGGACGGAGGAGGAGCGGGCCGCGAUCCGGGCUCAGCUGAAGAGGCAGUACCAGCUGCAGCUCAACAACCCGCAUCGGAGAGACCUCAUCGAAGAUCCAGCCUUGACGCGCUGGUCUUAUGCGCGCACCAACGUCUAUCAGCACUUCAGACCCACCACAAAAACGUCGCUGGGGGGACUGAUGUUCGGCCUCUUGCCGCUGGUGUUCUGGACGGUUGUCUUCAAGAAGGACAGGGACCGCAAGGAAGAGCUGAUCAAGGAGGGCAAAAUGGACCGCAGAUUCAAGCUCACCUACUGACGAUGGCAAGGGCAGAUCAAAGGCAAACCACGGACUUCUCAUGUCAUGUGUCAUGUAAA